UGGCCGAUUGAUAUGUGUUUCUGUUCUUAUAACCGACAAAGAUAUUAAAAGAUAAUAAAAGAUAUAUGAAGAUAUUAAAGAUAAUAAGAUAUUAAAAGAAAAUUUUUAUCCACAUUUAUACAGCCCAACAAGAUUAAUAUAAAUUAUAUUUCCUAUUUUAAGUAAAAUUAUUUUGUUUUUUCAUCUUAUAAAUUUUGCUUUAAUAACAAUACUUUUGUACUUGUUAGAGAUUUUCUUGUAGAGAGAGCAAGCAGAGGAACAGCAUAAUGACACAUGAGAAAAUUCGUGAAGAUGCUCAAGAAAUAAGAAGACGUUUAUCAGAGCUAGGAGAAAAUUUGGAUGAAGAUGCAAUAUGUGACUUGUUGCAAAGUUUUGAUCCUCAUUACAAACUAGAGCAUAUCAUUAAUUUGAUUACAGAAAACUGGAGUUCUGAUUGUCAAAACAAUGAAGCAGAAACUUCCACGAUAAAUUUAACAUCUAUCAUAAAAGAAUCUAAAGUACAACAUGACAAUGAUAAAAUUUUUAAAUUUGAAAGUGUACAGGAAGAAUAUAAUGAGAUAUCAGAUGCUUCAUCAGAUUAUGAUGAUAGAGAUGUUUAUUAUGCUUCUACUAAUUUGGAUGAUAUUUCAGUAAUAGAUACUGUAACACGAUCAAUACCAUCUCCUCUAAAACCAUGUGAUAACGUGUCAUCAUCAAAUUAUAAUGGUGAAGCCACAAAUUUUUCUGAAGUUACUGGAGAUCUUGAAAAUCUCAGAAGAUGUCCUGAAGAAUUUUUAGAGGAAAACAAUAAUGAUCCUAAUAAUAACUUAGGUUCUGUUCUAAUAUUUCCAGAGUUUGAAAAUAAUUCUCCAGAUAUUGAUCAUGAGAGAAAAGAUUCAAAUGUAGAAUCUUUUGUAGAAUUCUUCGAAAAACCUGAGAGUCCAAAACCAGGUUGCAGUAAAGAUUCUCACGAUACAUUUCUAUCACCUAAACUUUCUAGAUUGCACACUGAAGCUGAACAAAUAAAUGUUCUUUUACCUAAAUUGAGUCACCAUAUAAUUUAUAAAACAUUGUGGCAUAAUUAUAAUGCAAAAAAUCGUAUUGAGCUUACAUUAUGGGACUUAUUACCAGAGAGGAGACCAAAACCCCAAGUUCCAUCUAAACGGAAACUUUUGGAUGAUACGUAUUCAAUGGAAUGUAAAAAAAAUAUUGCGGAUAUAUCUAAGGAUGAUCUGAAAGUUGUAGAUAACCGUUUAGAAAAACUGCAAUCUGUAAGUAAGAAAGAUUCACAUAUAGAGGAACAUACAAUAGAUGAAAUAAUGAUUGAAGAUGAUACAAUUACCGAUACCAGUCAUCAAGAUACAGUUUCUACAGCAAAAAUAAAAUUGAGCAAAAUGAAUAAAUCUAAUAACGAUAUUGAUAUAUGUAACGUGUCUGAUAAAGAGAAAUCUAUAUCAUCAAAGGUUGAUACAGAAAACAAAGAAUUACAAUUGGCUAAGGACGCCCCAAUACUGUACGAAACAGUAGAAGGUGAAAUAGAGGAGAUCAACCAUUCUAAAAGUAUAUUACGACCAUCAAAAUUAACAUACAUUCCUAAUAAUAAGUAUACAACAUUUAAAUCAUCCUCAUUACAAACUGCUAUCUUAUCGCCGCCAAAAUUCAAAAUUCCAAAAGAUCGUAAACAAACGACUACGCGAUUUGUAAUGGUGCCGAUUCAGAAUCCUAAGAAAUCAACUGAGUUGAGACAAAACACUGAAGGACAUGCGCCCUUGGAUACAUCAGCAGACAGGAGAAACAUUCAAGCAUCUGAUGUGAAUAUAACUCAGUUAGAUUCAUCCAUUGACCUCAAAGAAGAUGAUGCAACCACUUCACAAGAUAAAACGGUGCCAAAUAUAAAGACGGAAAGCGCUAAAUUAUCAAAAAAUAAUACAUCGCAUGAUUUGCAAUCAAACAAUACAGAGAAUAUACCUACUUUAAACAUCGUUAAAGACGUUAAUAGCAAAAGUAAAGUAAAAAAUUUGAGACAAGAAGGAAUCGAUGUCAAUACAACUCAGGUCAUGGCUUCAACCAAUGAAGAAGUAAAUGCAACCAAGAGAUUAGAAGUAUUAAAUUCCUUACAACCAUGUAAUACCAAACAAAGUCAAGCAUCAGACAUGUUGAAUCAGACGAUAGCAUGGCACACAGUUAAUCAUUCUUUAGCGCCAUAUAAUCAUACUAUGGUGUAUGAAAAGGCAUCGACAUCUACUGAAAUUGUGGACAAAGUAGAAGAAACAGGAUAUGCAAUGAAGAAGAAACAAGGAAAUACAGAGCACAAUAUAAGUGAUAAAAAAAUAACAUUAGGCGAAAAUGCUCGUAAAAUAUACUACAAAUUAAUACCAAUGUUCCCAUGUGUAAAUACUCAAUAUAUUAAACAGCUAUGUCAGGAAUAUAUUAAAGAUGAUCUACUGGUAAUAGACGAGAUAAAUUUAUUGCAAAUCUUAGUUGAGCAUUUGCUCAAUAAUAGCCUAAUAUUAGAAAAGCAUCCAAAUGUUAAAAAACCUGAACCAGCACCAGAUACUUUUGAUGUAAAUGAGCAGUAUGCUAAUUUAUUGGAAAUAUUUCCGGCAGCAGAUCCUAUUUUCUUAAGGCAAACAGCUGAAAAGAUAUACAAUAAUCCAGAUAUGAUAAAACAAUUUGUUCAAUCACAACUUGAAAAGCCAGAUUAUCCAACUCGAGAGCAAUAUUUAGCUAAAAAGAAAAUCACAGAACAACAAAAACAAUACACUACAGGCUUUCAAGUAUCACAAUUUUUAGAGAUAUUUCCAGAUCCAUUUUCACACUUUGAGAAUGAUAAGAGAGAAUGUAAAUUUGACAUACAUGCAGUAGACUUCUUAAAACAUCAUUUUAAUAAAAUCAGGGUAAAUACUUUGCUGAAUAUAUAUUCUCAGUGUAAACAUAAUUUAAGUCUAACUGCAAAAGUCUUGGAAAGACUAAAUCCUGAUAUGAAAACUAAACGAGUCUAUGCAUUGGUGCAAACAGAAAAUAUACCACUUCUUCAAGAAUGUGCUUUUAUAUUACAUAAAACAGAACUACAAGCAUAUUUUAACGAAUUAAAAGAAAAAGAAGAGAAAGAAUUUAAUGAACUUAAGGCAAAAAAUGAACUUUUUGAGUGCCAGUGUUGUUACGAUAAUGAAUGCAUGCCAUCAAAAUGUUCCACCUGUGAGGAUGGUCAUAUAUUUUGUAAUUCAUGUGUUGCAAAGUGUACAGAUGUGAAAUUAGCAGAGGGUGAAACACAUAUUUAUUGUUUGAUAGAUUGUGGUAGUGAAUUUCAUCUUUCUGUACUUCAACAUGUACUGCUUCCAACUAAAUUCAGUAUUCUUCUUCAAAAACGACAAGAAGCAGAGGUAAUGGCUGCUGGAUUGGAAGGUUUAGUGUCAUGUCCAUUUUGUCAUUUUGCAUCUAUACCACCACAAGAAGAUAAAGUAUUUAAAUGUUUCAAUCCUGAUUGUAUGAAAGAAUCAUGUCGAUUGUGUAAAGAAAUUAAUCACUUACCUCUGAAAUGUAACGAAGUAAAAUCGGAUGCUGCACGUUUAUACUUGGAAGAAAAAAUGACUGAAGCCUUGAUACGGAAAUGUCCCAAUUGUUCACGAACCUUCUUCAAAGAAGAAGGGUGUAACAAGAUGACUUGUCUGUGUGGUACUCAAAUGUGUUACAUUUGUGACAAAAAAAUAUCUAGUUAUGGACAUUUCAAAGGUCAGGGAUCAAUGGCACCUGAUCUCUGUCCACUAUGGAGCGACGAUCGUCGUAUGAAUGCUGAAGCUGUAAUUCAUGUUUGCAAAGAAACUAUGAAACAGAUUAAGGAAAAGAAUCCUGAAAUUAAAAUAAAUACCGAUGUUCUUUUACCAAAGUUACCGCCGAAAACCAGAGGCCCUCACGAUGACAUCGCUCAUGCAAAUAUACUACCGGCACAUGCAAACAGAGUUGCAAGACACAUUCCAUGACAACGUUAUGAUAAUAUUAAUUAUUUCCUUUCUUUCUCUCUCUUUUCCCCUUUGUUAUGUUUUUAAUAUAUCAUAUCUAAGUUUAUUCUUUAGAUUAUAUUCUCAUAUUAUAAAAUAGCAUUUCUCCUGCAGCAUACAAUUUACUUCGAGUUCGUUUUACACUUCAUAAAUUCAAUAUAUCUCCAUUUCUUCUUUCUCAUAUAAAAAGAAUCUCAUAUAAAAAAAAGAUUCUCAUAUAAAAAGAUUCAAUAAAAAUAGUAUUUAAGAAAGCAUUUUAUAGGCCAAAGGCUCUUGCUAGUCUGAUGCAAUUGUAUGCAUAAAAACAAAUACUGGUAAAGUGCAGAGCCAGGAAAUGUGAUUUAUGAAAUUUAUGUAUAUUUAUUUUCUAAGUAUAAAAUAUUAAUAAUAGAAUAAGCAAAUGUUAUUUUAAUGUUCACGAUUUAACUCUCUAUUGCUGAAAUUAUUUGUUCCAAUUUCCAAAAACAUUUCAUAUAUAUAACAAAUAAUAAAAGUUAUUUGCAUAGUCUACAUCUUUUCCGGGAUAGUAUUACAUUAAAUGCAAGAAAUAAUGCAUACUUUGAUCAGGAAAUGAUCUUGUAUUUUGUAUAAAAUUAUCUUGAAAAAGAUAAGAUAGUAAAUAUCUUUACUUUAUCUAUCAUAUAAAUAUAAUAAUAAUAUGA